UCGAAAGAAUCUUCUGAAAGCUCCACACUCUUCUAAUAAAAAUGGAGCCAACUAAACCCUAACUUAGAGUCUUAAGAGCUUUCUCGUAGUUGCCUCCUUAUCCACACGCAGCAGAAAAUGGCUUCUUCUAAUGCUCUUUCGUCAGCUGCUAUUUUCUGCUCUCCCAAACGGCAUGUUCCUAGAAUUAAUGGAGAAAUACCAUCUAUCGAUGAAGCAACUUUGGACCACCAAAGGCUACUGGAGAGAUUGCUGGUAUAUGAUUUGGUUGAAUGCAAAGUUCAAGGAGAUGGGAACUGCCAGUUUCGUGCUUUAUCAGAUCAAAUUUAUCGAACUCCUGAUCACCAUGAAUUUGUUAGGCAACAAGUUGUAAAUCAGCUCAAGUCUUAUCCAGAGAUGUAUGAGGGAUAUGUUCCUAUGGCCUAUGGUGACUAUUUGGAGAAGAUGUCCAAGAGUGGUGAAUGGGGCGAUCAUGUCACUUUGCAGGCUGCUUCAGAUUUGUAUGGUGUGAAAAUAUUUGUAAUAACGUCUUUCAAGGACACUUGCUAUAUUGAGAUUCUCCCAAAUGUUGAGAGGUCAAACCGAGUAAUCUAUCUGAGCUUUUGGGCAGAAGUACACUACAACUCUAUAUGCCCACCAGGAGAUGAGCCUGAAUGAGACCAAGAAGAAGAAAAUAUGGCGAUUGUUUUGAAAUAAGCAAUUGUCACCAAAUGGUUACGAGUGAUGGUAAUGAUCAACUUCAGUGUUUUGACUAUUUGAUAUUGAAAUGUUUGUGUGUUGCUUUUACUAGAAGAUGCAACUUCCUCAUAACUGGUUUGAAUCAGGAGCCAUUCUAUUUGGAUUUUAAGGUCAGAUACCAUAAAAAAGGCAGAAUUUCUUGGUGAUGUUGUGUUUGGCCUCAUCUGUAUAUGCCCUCCCCUUUUAAGGAAACUCUCGUCUGCAUUCAUAUAUAAUAAGAUUCUUUUUCUUUUUCAUGUAAACUGGCAAUCUCUGCCCUUUGUGCUCAAUUGUUUCCUUAAUGAAGCUUGAACUAAUUUCAUUUUA